AUGGCCUCCGACAAGGUCGAGAAAAAGCGCAAAAGAGACUCGGACAGACACGAGCGUCCCAGCAAAAAGCCUGCUAUUCAAGCGCAAGAUUUACCUCCAUUGACCGCGAGUGUGCUCAAAGAUGACAACGAGCUUGCUCCUGUGUUGAUAAACGCACCCGGCCUCCAAUUCCCCAAAAAACUCCACGGCUUCAAACCCUACACCAAAGAAUCCACGACAAAAAAAGCCUCGUCAGGCCGAAACAAAGGCAUCGUCUCUACCGAACUCCUGCUCCAAUCCUCCGAACACCCAGUCCUAGACUUUAUCGGCACCGAAGCCACCGAAGACGCCGACUCUCAAUUGAAGCAUUACGUCGCCAUUGUCGACCCGGACCAAAAGACAUGGCAAUUCGUCGAAGUGCGGCGAAUGACGCUACGCAGUUCAGUGAAGAAGCACAACAAGGAAGUUGCGGAAGAUGAUGAGAGUGACUACGAGACUGCGGCAUACCGCGAUCAAAGGAAAGCGCUCACAGAGGCAUUCGGCACAAAAGCGUCACGUAAAGCGGCUCAAUCCGAGGCUGAGAAUAGCAUGCUUGCGCCUGCCGGUGCUACGGGUGCUAUUGAAUCGGCGAUUUUGUCGUCGAUGCCCGCACAGGGUAUCGCAACGGCCAACCUCAAGGCGCAAGAACUUCAAGCACAAGUCCAGGCCAACAAGCCCAUUCCAACCGCCAACCUGUCCGCCACGCACCCGUCAGAAGUCUACACGCUCGAGUCACUGGUUGCAGGCGGCGUAUCGACACUCAACCAAAUGCCCACUCAAGAAUGGCAGGAUGCUGUCAAUGCCGGCGAAGCAAUUACCAGCACAUCCCGCUACGUGGCGCACCGCGUGGACGCGGUUGUGAAAUCGACAAACGUCACCCACCUCCAAGUCCUCCGCUACAUCCUCGCUCUCAUCGAGCUUAGCAAAAAUAUCAAACGAGGGAAAGGCUCCGAUCCACCAGGCAGCAAACGCAUACCUCUCCGCGCAGACCUCAAGAAGGUGUUGUCCGGUGGUUCGUCGGCAACAGCUCUUCUCCCGGACCCCGUGGUGGAAGCCAUACGCCGCAAAUAUGCGCCUGGUGGGGUGAUGGUAGCGCACAAUAUUACGCUGCUUCACACCACCCUCUGCGCUUUAUCUCUGCACAUUCCGCCUGCGCCCGCAAAGGAUGGCGGCACCAGCUCUCUCGGCGGAAACACGCCUACCGAACUGGCCACUGAUCCGUCGGAUCUCCGCGACGACCUUCGUCUGGACACAACCACCGUCACGCAAUAUUUCAGGGAAUUAGGCUGUAGAUCUGACAAGCCGAGGGAAAGCGAAUUCGCCAAGUUUGGUAUCAAGACUAAGGCCGAGGCGGCGAAUAGGAGAGUCUGCAAGCUGAGGCUUCCGUUGGAUUUUCCCAAGGUGUCGAGGGGCGGUGGACCGAGACGGUAG